UCCUGUGGCUCAGGCGUGUAGCUUCCACAGCAGGCUGGUUUUCCAACAGUCCCUUCUUUGUGUUCCUUCCCACUGAGCCAGGAGCCACUCUUCAGCAUCUGCACAUGACUGAUUUUAUUUUUUUAAUUUCUGACCUGAUGAUGGGAAGACUGUUUAGGAUCUGUGUCAUAUCUGCGCUGUUAUUGUGCUAUGUGGUGUUAAGUGGCGCUUUAGAACAUGGAGAGAAAAAAAAGGAACAAUUUCAAAGCCCUGACAAGAACAGCAGCAGACUCAAGGUGAAGGGAAAUUUCACAAGUGCUAAUGACAGGAGGCCAAAGGCUGUGACUCCAAGAAAGAAAGUCAAAUCAAGAAGCAAGAGAGUGUUCAUGGCACCUAGAAGUGACAUCAGCUGCACCAGACUGGGAGGCAUCUGCCAGCCACUCCGUUACAUCUGCCAAGGCCGAUACCUCAAAGACAAGUGUUCAGGGGCCAAGACGCGCCAGUGCUGCAUGCCAGUCCAAGCCUGGAGCGUGCUUUGUGCCGGUCACCACAACAGAGUGAGGGCCUGUGAUGCGUACGGCUGUGGAGCUUUUAACUCCCAAAGAGGUAAUGGCCUCUAUAAAGCAGUGGACCUUGUAUGUGAUGACUAUUCGAUCAUCAACACACCAUUUUCAGGCUCUCUGGCCGGUCCAGUGAGUCGGAAAGACCCAGCUGGUUAUCAGUUUGAUGGAGUCAAACUUCUCAGUGAUGUACACUGCGUGAAGAUCUUCAACAUCCGUCCUUAUCGUUACUCCGGCCCGGUAACUCAAGGAGAGGCCUUGGGCUAUUUACUGCCACUGCAAGAACAGUUCCCUGGCAUCACAUCACACCUGGAGCUGCAAAUGUGUGAUGGUACUGAUCCUUCACCCUUCAUAUAAACCUUUUUUUCCAUGUGUUAUACAACUGAGGCACCGUGCAUCCUUGUCUUUUUUACAAGUGGUGCAUGCCCCCGCAUAUAAAAUCCCUAAUGCUAAUAAGACUUUUUAUAAGUGUUGAUUCUUCUUAUUCUCUAUUAUAGCCAUAAAAAAUGUUGGUCUCUAUUUCUACAACAACUUAACAAAGAUGCACUAUAUUGUUUUUCUCACAAUAACACUUAUUUAAAACACAUUUCUACAAACUUGACCAGCGUUACCAUACUUGAUAAUUGUCUGUCUCCAUUUCUCAGUUUUUGCAACCUUUUGAAUUUU